AUGUCAUAUGACUCACGAAUAUGCGAAGUGAUUUGCCUAGAAGAGAAUCCAGAGGCAGAUGUGUGUUACUCUUUAAAUCGAUCUCUUAGUCUGAAUGAAAAUUGUCAGUCUCCCUUAUUAUCAGCCAAGGGGAACGUGAUCGAUAUUCCAGACGUCAUUACAGCGUGGAUUCGAGCUCCGGAUUCGAGCAGGUCUCCGGUGAUGCCGCUUUUCCAGCUUCAUUUUCCACCCUCGGCGCCGGACACGGAGAAAAGUUACCCCUCCAAAUCUCAGGAAUUGAUCGUUUUCUGUGAAUCCAUCUUCGGUUUUGGAUCUUUACUAAACGGCGUCAUUGAGACUAAAGAUUACCAUUUUACGUUUGACUUAGACAACUACUUUCGUCCAGACACGGAAAUGGCGGUGACGACGCGCGCCCUGGCCCUGGCCCUGGUGCUGGCACUGCUCGCGGACGUCGGCGGGGCCAUCUUCUUCCCCCGCGGCAGCAGAACCAGAUCUCGGCCCAAGUGUGUGCCUCAGACGCUCUACGAGACGGUGGUUCAGGAGCAACCCGUGUACCACACCGUGACGGAGACGCGCAACGUACCCACCACACGCUACCAGACGGUGUCCCGGACGGUGAACCAAGUACAGGUAUCCACGAAGCUGGUGCCGGAUUACUUCACCACCACCAAGUACCGCACGCAGGUGUCCACGAAGACCGUCACCACCACGGAGUUUGAGGUGAAGGUGAGGCCUGUGUACGUCACCACCACUGCCUACGCCCCGUCCUACGUCACCACCACCGAGGUGUCCUUCUGGUACCAGACCGUCACCAAGACGCAGAAGGAUUACGUCACCGUCACCGAGCAGGCGAGCUGCGGAGGAGGAGGAGGAGGAGGCGGAGGAGGAGCAGGUCUCGGUGGAGGAGGAGGAUACGGCGGAGGAGACAGCGGCCAGGGCGCGCAAUCGUCCGUAUACGGCCCGCUUGUUGCGCAGUCAGUCUACAUUCCGCCUUCGGUGCAGGAAUCCUACAGUGCGCCAGACGCCCCGCAGGCUUCCUAUGGCCAACCAGAGCAGUCCUACAGCCCGCCCCAGUCAGCCGCCCCCCAAGCGUCCUAUAGCCCUCCGGCCAACGACCUCUCCGCCUCCUACAGCCCCCCGCAGUCCACCCCACAGCAGUCCUAUAGCGCCCCACAGUCCACCCCACAGCAGUCCUAUAGCGCCCCACAGUCCACCCCACAGCAGUCCUAUAGCGCCCCACAGUCCACCCCACAGCAGUCCUAUAGCGCCCCACAGUCCACCCCACAGCAGUCCUACAGCGCCCCACAGUCCGCCCCACAGUCCGCCCCACAGUCCGCCCCACAGCAGUCCUACAGCGCGCCGCAGAGCUCCAUGGGGCCAGGGUACGAGAGGGACACCUUCGGAACCUUCGUCACAGGCAGCAUCGGGCCGUCCUUCGCCGUGUUCGACGAUCCCUUCAGCAUCUUCCAGGACGACGCCGGAACCGGCUCCUCGUACUCCAAGAAGCGAGAGGCGCCGAAGGAGGCGGCCCCGAAAGCAAAGGAGGAGGAGGAAGUAAAAGAAGAAGAGGAGGCGAAAGAGGAAGAGGAAAAGGAGGAAGCGGAAGAGGGAGAAACGAAGAAGACGAGCAGCAGGAAGCCUGUCGGCUACGGAGUGACGCGCCUCAAGGGAAAAAGGAUUGAGAAAUGAGCUCAACACUCCUUACACUCCUGCAAUCCAAGUCCUACAUUUCAACAAUCCUGCAAUCUUGUAAUUCAACAGUCCAUCGCCAGGAACUGACCAUAGGAUUCUUUGUUGUGUUCCUUGAGAUUGCCUUUAUAUAGGCGUCCGUUUCCUGAGAUCAAGUACUUAAAAGGUUAGCGUCAUUUCCAUUUAUUCUAUCGAACCCAAAAAUUAAAUUUACUUUUUCCCUAGAGUAUUCCGAGAACCGUUAGUGGUAAGCAACUCUUCGCUAUCAUAACUAAAAGAGUGAAAUGUGGGUUUUACUUCUGGUAAUUAUAACAAUAUCGAGAAAUGUAUACAAAUAAUCAUGUCUCUAGCAGUAUCUGAGAUCUCCGCAGCAACCUCAUUGGGUAAUCAGUAAUCAGUAAUCAGUUCAGUAAUGACAAUGGUAACAAAGAUAAUCUAAAAAAGGAACUGACAAAAUAAUAUAUUGAAAUAACUUUUCAUGUUUUUUUUUAAUGAAUGAAAGCAAACAGGCAGGGUUCAGUUUGACAGUUGCUAACUAGACUUUUCAUGAAGACGGAGUAGUAUGAUUGUUAUUGUUUAGUAGCUUUUCUUAGCAUUUUAGAUGUUAUUGUCGAUAUCGUUAUCAUCACUAGUAUCGUUAUUAUUAACAUUACUAUUAUUAUUGUUAUCAUAAUUAUUAUUAUCAUUGUUAUUAUUAUUAUUAC